AUGCGAUCCUGGCAAUGUUCUCAACGAGUCUGCCGGACAUCUUGGCCUUGCUAUAUUCGUCCUUUGGUUGAGUUCUUGUUUGUAAGUGGUGGCAAAUUAAGAAGGUUAUCUCGCCUUUUUAAGCUGCCCCUACAUCGCCAAGCCCUCAGCGAGCAAGUAAGAGCCAUUAUGUCAAGAGUAGCCAAGGAAUACAAGAAGAUCGCCGAGUUGCUGUCGCAGGACGACGGAGAGCUUGGAACAGUAUCGUUAGAACCGAGAGAGGGAGACCUUUCGUGCUGGGACGCCGUUAUCCGUGGUCCCCGUGAGACGCCGUAUGCUGGACACCGCUUCAAGCUGACGUUGACUUUGCAAGAGGAUUAUCCAAGGUCUCCGCCGAAAGUGAUGUUCGAGCCGGGCGCAAUGCCACACUGCAAUGUCGACUUCCAGACAGGCGAGAUUUGUCUCGAUAUCCUGACAAGGAACCACUGGUCUCCGGCGUGGGACCUUCUACAUGUGCUGGAGGCAGUCGUGCAACUGCUCGGCGAACCCGUACCGGAGUCCCCUUUGAACAUCGAUAUAGCCAAUAUCUUGAAGGCUGGCGAUAGCUUGGCCUAUCGGGAUCUGAUUAAUUACUAUCUGUGUUUACCCUGCUCUGCGGUCGACUCUUGUGCCGAUAAGCUCGAUGACGCAGUAAUCAGCUAG